UGGCUCCUUCUGGUAGAACAAGUCUAUCUUGCGACGUCAGGGUGGUAGAGGAGGGGGGGUUAUUAAUAACCAAUUAGAGGGGUCAUCGGAGCGCAUAUAUAGUACCAGCCCUCAGGAUCUGGGCCCAGAAGACUGUGUUGCCACUUGCUAAGCAGGCAGUGGCUUGGGGGUCUCCACUUGCUCCUGGGACAGCCCACCUCUCUCUCAUUCUCUCUCUCUCUCUCUUUCCCCGAACAGAUCAGAGCCAGCUGCCCAGGAUCUCUGACCCCCACGCAGACCCCAGCUCCAAGCUUGCCCCCCAUUUUCACACACACUCCCACACACCCCAAAACCUACCAUCUCCCUUGAAGCCUCGCCCCACCUUGUCCUUAUGAUGGGCUCCGUGCUCCCCGCGGAAGCCCUGGUCCUCAAGGGGGGGCUGAAGGGGCCCGGGCUCUCACUGGCCGAGGUGAUCACGUCGGACAUCCUGCACAGCUUCCUCUACGGCCGGUGGAGGAACGUCCUGGGCGAGCAGCUCUUCGAGGAGAAGGCCGCCGGGGGCUGUGGCGGUGGAGGCGGAGGAGGCGGAGGAGGAGCGCACAGCAACCCCAAAACGGCCUUCACGGCGGAGGUCCUGGCUCAGUCCUUCUCUGGAGAGGUCCAGAAGCUAUCCAGCUUGGUGCUGCCUUCAGAGGUCAUUAUUGCCCAGAGUUCCAUCCCUGGAGAAGGGCUGGGCAUCUUUUCUAAGACCUGGAUCAAAGCAGGCACAGAGAUGGGACCUUUCACUGGCCGGAUCAUCUCCCCAGAGCAUGUGGACCUUUGCAAAAACAACAAUCUGAUGUGGGAGGUCUUCAAUGAAGAUGGAACUGUCCGUUAUUUCAUUGACGCCAGCCAAGAGGACCAUCGCAGCUGGAUGACAUACAUCAAGUGUGCUAGAAAUGAGCAGGAGCAGAACCUGGAGGUGGUCCAAAUUGGGAACAGCAUCUUUUACAAGGCCAUUGAGAUGAUUCCUCCGGAUCAAGAAUUGCUCGUUUGGUAUGGGAAUUCCCACAAUACCUUCCUGGGGAUCCCUGGAGUGCUGGGACUUGAGGAAGAGCAGAAGAAGAGUAAGCACGAAUAUGGGCUUGAUCCGUCCCCAUCUGUGGGCUCACCUGCUCCGGGCAUGAGUAACUUCCAAGAGGACUUCCACGCAGCUGAAGCAGGUGCCAGUUCCACCGGCCGCAUGCGCUGCGUCAUCUGCCACCGCGGAUUCAACUCCCGCAGCAACCUCCGCUCCCACAUGCGCAUCCACACCCUGGACAAACCCUUCGUCUGCCGCUUCUGCAACCGCCGCUUCAGCCAGUCCUCCACCCUCCGCAACCACGUCCGGCUCCACACCGGCGAGCGCCCUUACAAGUGCCAGGUCUGCCAAAGUGCCUAUUCCCAGCUGGCUGGCCUGCGGGCCCACCAGAAGAGUGCCAGGCACCGGCCCCCCAAUGGCUCCCUGCAGUCGCAUUCGCCGGCCCUGCCUGUGCCGCACCCCACCUCCCUUGCUCACCACAUCCCCACCAUGGUGCUGUGAGGUCGGGAGGAAGCCCCCUGGCACUGCCGUGAACUGGUGGGGACCAAGGCAUUGGUGAGCGCGCAGGGGAAAGGGGCAGGGGGAUUUUUGUGGUGGACCCAUCCAGCAGCGGCUUCUAGUGGGGCUUGGCAAAUGGAACUUCCAUCUUCAGGCACACGUCUACCGUCUGAACAAGAGGGGGGCAGGGCGGGGCCUCUGGGCCCUGCUUUCAAGAUUCCCAGCAGCCUUUGGCUGCCCACUGUCAGAAACAGAGCACCGGGGAGGGAUUAAUGGACCUUUUGGUCUGGUCGGGAAUGAUGAAGGGAUUCUGCUCUGGCAAAGUCUCAUUAUUCCUAAGUGUGAGAACUAGGUGGGGGACUCUCUUAUUUUUUUAUUUUAAUAUUUCAAUAUUUCCAUCCAAGUUCCUUGGGUGAUUUCCACCAUCUUGGUUUCUUGUUCAUGAUGUGAGGCCUGUAUGGUCCUCCCUAUUUUGCCCAUUGACUCAGGCAUCCAAGUUAGAUAUAUUUCUGGGGACGAGUAAAGAGGCUGAGUGUAAGAUGAAGCCAUGGCAAAAAUGGAGAGAAAAGUAAAUGGUAGAGGAAUAAGCACUUAUUCACAUCAUUCUUAAGUUUAAAGCAGGAAUAGGGAACGAGAUGUUGCUGGACUCCAUUAUCCUAAACCGUUGGUCAUCCUCCAGGGCUAGACAAGGUGAGAUCUCUUCCUAUGGUAGCAGGAUCUACCAGGGCAGCAGAUGUAAACUUGCCAUACGUCAGGAAAAUUCCUGACAUGUCCUGGUUUGCAGGUGUAAAAAUGGCAUCGGGGGGGGGGGGAGAGAAUUUUGCCAAAUCGUCAAAAUGUCAGAGAAAACCCGGAUGUAGGGCAACACAAUGGAAAAAGCAGUGGAAACAGCUCAAAAAGCUUAAAAUCACUAUUAUUGGGUUAGGUUUCCUCAAAAAAGCUCAACAAUUUUGGGGUCUUCCUAAAGAAAGUUCACAACUUUGCGGGUGUCAGGAAUUUUAAGCAGAUCCCAAUGUCAAUAUUUCUUUCCGCCCCUUGUUCCUGAAGUAGAUCUUCCCUCCCCUCUUCUUCCUUGGCAGGGAGGGGGGUGUUAUUUUGGAGUCAGCUUCAGGUGUCAACACAUCUUGGGCCAGCCCUGCCAUCCUUGCUGCAGAGGCUGAUGGGAGAUGGAGUCCAGAAGUAUCCAGAGGCCACCACAUACCACACAUGGCUAUUCUAGAGGUUUGGUGAUAGUUAUCAAGUGAUCCCACUUCUCUUCUGGAUCCGACAAUACCUGCCCACACACUCACAGGCGCCUGCACUCCAUUAUGGUCCCCUGUGGUAGGAUUCAAUCCCAGGUUCCUGAAUUGAGCUCUGGAGUUCUUAACAGGUAGUUUGUUGGGGCGGGGGACUUCAUGGUUGGUGGAUGAUCCAGCCAAACUGGACAGGGUUCUGGGCUCUUGGGCUCUUCACACCUUCUCCAGCUCUGAAUUCAGGUUGACCCCUGUUGCUUUCUGCCGUAGAUGUGAAUUGUUAUCUCCACUGAAAAGCUGCAUGCUCUCUUUGACCUCUGGUGAAAUUCUUACGGAUCAGCUAUUGACAAGAGUUUCAGCACCACUAUAAUCCCAGGCUAACUGCUCCCAUCACAGAUGGACUGUGAAGUAGGAACAUAACUUUAGAACAAAUCAAACUAUUUGUCCAUCAGUAUUGUCUACUCUGACCGAACCUCUCUCCAUCUCAGUCCUCUUUCUCUCUCCAUGGCAAUCAAGAUUGUUUGUAAACUCUGCAUCCAAUAAAGGAGGCAUUUGUUUCUGUUCUGUUUUUGUAAAAUAUACAUUUUUUGUAAUAGUAACUAUUGAUGAUGAUAUCUAUUCCUAUUGUAAGGAGAUGAUAUAUAGAGUUGUCUCACAAAUGGUGUUCGACUUCCAUGAAAUGCUGGUCACUUUAACAUUGUAAAUAUAAAUCUGUGUAAAACGCUAUUUGAUAUUAUAUAUAAUUUGAUUGUAUUAUGUACACAGUUGUAUAUACAUCUUUGUACCUCUCUCAUUCUCUCUUGUAUUAUAAUGAUAAUAAUAAAAACAACCCACCACAAAUUACUGGCGAUGGAAGAUAUGUAGAUA